AUGACUUCUGAUGAGUCUGAAACAAAAGUAAAAGAAAUUAUGAAUGCAGCUCAAAUACAUCUAGUUGUGGCCACACUGCUAGUGACGGUCACAUUCGCGGCCGGUUUCACAUUACCGGGAGGUUUUGAGAACGACCGUGAUAGUCCUAACAAAGGAAUGGCGAUUCUGACGAAGAAAUCAGCAUUCCGUGCAUUCGUUGUCACGGAUGCCAUUGCCUUUGUAUGCUCUGCUGGUGCUGUGUUUAGCUACUUCGUCAUGGCUGCGAAUCACCGGCCGAAGACCGCAAAAGAGCUGAGAGUUCUGAUGAACAUUUAUAGAGUUGCAACAAUUUUGCAGUUCCUUUCAAUGUCAGCGGUUGUAAUUGCAUUUAUAACUGGUUUGUAUGCUACUUUGUCACAUUCAGUUGGUCUAGCUGAUACUGUUUGUGCCAUUGGUUGCCUCUCUUUUUUUAUUUAUGUGUUGGUUUUUUAUCUUAUUAAAAGAGGAAUGGAUGAAGAGACAUGA